AUGGGAGCACCAGAUCAUCUCAUCCGCCUCCUGAGAAAUCUGUAUGUGGACCAAGAAGCCACAGUCAGAACCGAACAUCGGAAAGCAGAGUUCAAGAUUGGGAAAGGAGUGCGUCACGGUUGUAUAUUGUCACCUUAUUUAUUCAACUUAUAUGCGGAAGACAUAAUGCGUAAGCCUGGGCUGGAUGAAUCCAAAGCUGGAAUCAAUAUUGCUGGAAGAAAUAUCCACAACCUCAGAUACGCGGAUGAUACUCCUCUGAUGGCUGAAAGUGAGGAAGAACUAAAGGACCUGUUAAAAGAAGAGUGCAAAAGCUGGCUUGCUGCUUAA